AGGCCCACUCACUCGUCCUUAUUCCCGCUUGAGGGUUCGUUCGGAAGCAGUGAAGACCAACAGACCGAAAUCUCACCCAGCCGUAGCCAUGUGUCCGAUGCGGGUCUUGUACCUGCUGCUCCUGGCGCUGCUUGCGAUUGGCAUUGGCUACUUUCAUAUGCGCCCGUGGUGGGAGCACGAGCACAAGCACGAGCACGAGCACGAGCACGAGCACGGCGCCGACGACGCGAGCGACAGCACAAAGGAGGACGGCGCCAACGCUGCCAGCCCAGCCAUGCCGCAUCAUGCACAGACCACAGGCACCUCGCGAAGUGUGCGGCGGCGGCGGAGACUGCUCCGACUGGCCGGUGAAGGCGAGCUGCUCUCGGCGCAGCAGCAGCAGCAGCCGCAGUCGCGUAUUGAGCUCAUCCUUAAACGCACCGUGCUGUGCUGGAGGUUGUUCAAGCAGACCGUGCUCUAUCGGAUCCUCGCAGUCAUCACAACGGCGGUCAUCGUCCUGUUCCAUUUCGAGCUCUUUACCGGAGGGUACUUUUGCACGGCCAUGUCUCGCGAGGUCAUUCCGUGGAUGCGAUCGUCCAUCCCAGGGAUGUCUCUGAGUAGCAGAGCACUUUUAAACGGAUCGGGAGUUUCACCGUGAAUCGCUUGGCUUCCGCCGUCCGUUAACAUGUUUUGGGGCUGUGUGCAUUCGGUUUCGUGUAGCAGUUUUGUUCCAACGAUCUGUGUGACUUAGAUUGUGUCGUUGUUAAUAAUAUUGUUUGGGUUUAUUUGGAA